CGACACUCGAUGCGCCGAGUCUGUCGAGUUAAAUACAUGUGAGAGACAUAUUCUUUCUCUACUGUCGAGAAUAACGUGUGACGGGUUUUUUUUUGUAUAACGAGAAGACAUUAUUUAGUUAGAAAUAUACUAGAACGAUAGCAUCGUGAUUCGAACGAAAUUAAAUGUGAAAAGUAAAGCAAAUAAAAUUUUUAUGAGGAAUUAUAUAUCUGAAAAAAAGUAUAUAAUGAAAAUAACGAAUGGGAAGAGGAUUAUCUCGAGCGUCGCAUGAGAAACGACGUGCCUUUUUGUGCGGGUGAUAAAAAAGAAAUUGCUUGUCUUGUGUGGUGAAUAUUUAUCCAAAAGACGUUAUUUUGUCGUAAAUCCUAAACUUAUGUUGAAUAGUCGAGGACAAAGGCCGGGUCAUCGACGUUAGCUGUGCCGUCGCUCUCACGCAUGACAUUGGCAUGGAUCAGCAUCAUCAUCAUCAUCAUCAUCAACUGUGACAAGUGAUUGGGGAUAUAAAAAAAAAAGUAGUGAAAAUUUCAUAAAGGAUUGACAGGAAGUUACGGAAUACUAAAGAGAAAACAGCGUUAAAUUUACUGGAAGUAAAAGGGUCUGAGAGAUAUAAAAGAGACAAAACAAAAAAAAAAAGAAACGAAUCAAGGCAAGCUAAUGUUAUAAGAAUAUUUUUUAAUCAUUUUUUCAUCAACUUUAGUCAAUUUCUUUGAUUAUUUAUAUAUAUAUAAUUUAAAAGAAAUUGGAGAGAUGAGAUAAGGUUUUCCAGACUUGGAUAUAUUACAUAUUGGUCCAUAGUUUGGGUUAAGAAACCUUAAAGUUUUUUACUUGAUUCGUUAGUCCCUUUGAAGGUAGUGUAACAACUGCACUUUGGUCUUUCGAUCUUCCACGCGGGUAGGAAGAAAGGGUGAGGCUGAAAGUAUAGAGAAGGAUAAGAGAAAGGCGUGUGAUAUAAAGAAGAAAAGAGAAAAAGAGUGAAGAAAGCAGCCGAAAGAACGAUAAGGGCGAGACCAAGCAAAAACCUGGGGGCGCAGCUGGAGGAAAGAGCAAGAGAGAACGAGAGAGAAAUAGAGACAGGACAUCAGGACCUGCUGGUAGUGUGGCCGCGCCUCGCCGAACGCAGAAAAUCGAUCUUUAUACGUUGAUAUCUAUACUGAGACCGAUACAUUUCUUUAGUCUCUAUAUACCACUUUCAAUCAGUUGUUUUUUUUUGUCUUAUUACCUCUUUCUACAUCCCUCAGCCACGUCGUGGUUUUGUCGUCACGACGGAAUUGCUGCAGAAAUCGAUACGCAGACGACGGGAGGGUCGGCUAUACUUACAUCUGUAGAUGAAGCCGCAUCCUGGGAAUUUAUUUGAGUCAUAGAGGCGGAGGUACUUUUGGAACACAUUACCACGGCCUCGUAACGAGUAUGACCAUGAGAACGUGACGCAAGUGAGCAAGCUGCCGGCCAUUAGUCAGGAGGGCGUCACCGCUGUCCCUUUAUCAUCGGCCCACGUUGUUUCCGCACGUCUUUUCCUACGUUGUACUCCAGGAAGUCAGCUAAAAACACAUUAUGGCAGCUGCCUGUUACGAAAAGGAAGUAACGAUAGAAGGUGCUAGCCAUGGUCUAGGUCUUGCACAUUCUCAUCAUCAUCAUCACCUUCAUCAUCACCAUCACCAUCAUCAUCAUCGAGUAAACGGGAACGUUAGUGCCACCAACGUUACUUCUUCCACGACACCGUCGUCAUCGAACCGUUCAACCACAGCAGCAGCUGCCGUUGCCGCGGCUGCCGUUACGGUUAUAGGCCAAACGAUUCUCUCGCCGUCGGGUACCAGUGAUAUUGUUAUACCUGGUGGUAGUCCAUACAAAACUGAACCAAGUGCUGGAACAAAUUUCAAAGAUUAUGCUCAGCCACUUCACGUUGAUUGCAGCGUCGAAUAUGAAUUACCCAGUCAAGCGAAACCACCACCAGGAGGUGGCGAACCACUUCUUAUGAUUCAUCCAUGCUACUACAGACGUGCUGAACGUGAAAGGCGGAGUCCUUUUAUUAAUAACUUACCACCAAUGGUUUCAUCAUCAGGAAGAAAAAGCAGCAGGCGAGACACGUCUUCUGUCAAUUCUAAUUUAGUAGUCACCAAGAGCAGUAUGUUUCCGGCUUCCAAUGCAUCAACAACCAUUGCGCCUGCUAAUGUUGCAGGUGGUGAUGCCGCAGCGGCUAUUGCAACUGUUGUUGCUACUGGUACUGCUGCAGUUGCAACAACAACACAUGCUUCUAAUCCAAAUGGUGGUAUACUUCUUGGAGAUGCUCUGAUAGCAUCAUCACCAUCUUCUGCAACAAUCAAUACAUUUUUACAUAGAAAAUCGUCUAAUCGACGAGACGAGGAGCAAUCACAAGACCUCGAUAUUGAAAAGAAACGACUGAAUCAGCAGCAUCGAGCAGCCUUCUCUACCGUAACCAAUAAUCUCACGACUGCCGAUGAAAAGGCUGUGAUAUCUGGUAUUUAUCAGCAUUAUUUCCGUGCUAUACGUUCUCAUCAUCAGCAACCUCAUCAUCAUCACCUAGAAGUAGAUCAAUUACAACAACACCAUCAUCUUUAUGAUGAUCCUCAUCUACAUAUUGGAUCAACUAGAUCAUCUGUUGUUACGAGUCCAGCAGCUUUUGUUCAAAACUUUCAAGUGCCGGCUGAUCCAUUGACAUCAGCAUCAUCUCGACGACGAUCAAGUAGUCAACAUCACCAUCCUUAUCGUCGGCCAUCAUCAGUGGUUUCUAGAGCACCAACUGCCAUACCUCAUGUAUCAUCGUCAACAUCAGAAGAUUCUGCAUCAUCGAGCGUUUAUGCAACAGCAAUGAACAGACAUCGAGCGGCAUCUCUACAAGCUCUCAGGGUUGCAGCAGCUGCUGUCGCGGCAGCGGCCGCUGCAGCAGCGGGUGGAGGAAGCGGAAAUGGCAAUGGCGGAAGUUUCUAUGAAGCACCAGCGUACCGAGCACUAUUACCGAGAAGCUAGGACCAGGUCAACCGACUGAAUAAACUCAGGAUUCAUUUAAUAAAGGUAUCAUCGUUGUCAUCCUUGUACAUCACGUGCUUUCUAUAUCAUCUAAUUUUAUCGCUAUCACUUGUUCUCCUCUCCGACCUCAUAGUCACCAUCAUCAUCGGAAUGCAUCAACACAGGUCUUCCGCGUGGUUCAAUGCAUUCUUUGCUUGUAUCAGAGAAGCAACGACUGUGAAAAAUAAAAACAGAAUAUCUCGUUCUUGUUCUUCUUUUUCUUCGUCUUCUCUGAAGAUAAUAUCGGACGAUUUUCGCUCCAGCCCCCAUCAUUUGUAUUAUCGUCGGCAUAGCUCUACCCUUGUCCGCCUCUUCCACUUUUCUUCCUUCUUCGUCUCGUCACGCACGUGGAGUUACAGCACGGCACCCUCAUGUCCACAGGAGGGCCCGAUGCUCGGCUGCCAGACUGCCGCUUCUGCCUACCUGCUCGUCUACCUACACACGCUAACGAUAGUCCUAUGUUAUUUUUUUACUUCUCAUUUUUUUAUCCUCUUCUCUCAUGCUCAUCUACCUUUAGACCUUUACUCGAAAAUUUUCUUUCAUUCCCUGGCCAAACCAACUGGUUUAGUUGUUGUAUACGUACUAUAAUUCACCCUCGACCGAUGAGAUCAGCUCUGCAAUAUUUUCCUCCCUAGAAUUGAUCAUCUCGAAUCCUCCCCAUUUCCCCUUCUGCACCACCAGUUCGCUCUUGCCGCUCGUUUAAAAUCAUCAACUAACGAGCAAUUGCCUAACGAACGACGCUUGUCCGAUGCACCAUAGGAUAUUUUCGUUGUAACCUCCGGGCCAUCCGUGCACACUGCAGCAUAUCGCCGGUGCCAUUACCGUCGCACACAGACGACAGACAUUACUUGCUGUAUCUCGGUUGGUGGCAGCUCGCGGUUGUAAGGGAACGAGGGGCUAUAACCCUCGCUCUCCUCUCUGCGGCCAACGCUCUCUGCUGUCGCGGACGUAUGUUACAGUCCAUGGGGCUCCUAUACACCACGUUGUGCACGGUAACCAGGGGAACUAGGGGCAGGACGACGAUUAUUCACCACGAAUAUUGGGCUUCCCGUAUAGACAUGCGCCAGCUCUGCAGAGCCAAUUUUUCUAUUCGAUAUUGUACGCUGACUAUUGGCCCGUUUAGCCUUCUCAUUUUUAUCCAUCUCGAUUUAUCCUACUUGCCAGCUAUCCAAUCAUCAUUUCAUACAUACAACACACAAUAUCUUUAUAUACAUAUAUCUAAUAACGACAAUUUAAUCCAAUAAAUGUAUGUAUAUACAUAUAUGUAUAUAGAUAUUACGGUAUUUAUAUUUACAUAUGAGAAGAUAAGAAAAUAACAUAUAAUUAUCGCGUAGUAUUUGUAAAUGCGCGUGCGAGAGCCAAAGACUAGAAAAGAAAAAACAAAAAAAAAAUUACAUAAAGAAAACGAAAAAAAAGUACAUUCAUUUUUUUUCCUUCUCUAAUACAUUGUCAAUAUUUCAUUUUUUUUAUCUCUCAUUCCAUCUUUGCAUAAUUUUUUUGUUUUUUGCUGCUCUACGCUUAUGAGAGGGGGGGAUUGUCAGAAUGAAGACUUGAACUUUUUAAUGUUUAUUAUCCUCGCAAUUUUGCCCUUCUGUUUCCUUUCCCCUUGUCUCCUAUAAUCUAACACUUAACGCGCUGUGACGUUGGCGACCAACUGUAGGGAUUUAGGGUGAUUCCAAGCUUAGGGAUUAGAUAAGCCGAUCGAUUAUUUAGUAUAUGUAUUCUUGCAGACGCCAGUUAUUGCAGGAAGCACAUGAAACUAUUAAUGGUCGACGAGGACGAGGAAAAUGCUGAGAAAGAAAUAAUAAAAAAUAAUAAUGAAAGGAGAAAGAAAGAGAGAAAGAGACAAUCUAGAAGGGUAAGAGAGUGAGUACCAACAGCUUGCAAUGACAAGAAAGUAGAACGGACGCACCCUUUGUACAGAGAGUCGAGGGUCCAAUGACAUCUCGGCGACCUGGCCCGAGUCUUCAGGCCGCUCUGGUGUGCCCGAGGAUGUAUCCAAACGCAGACGAUCGAUACCGGGUAGAGAGACCCGUCGGUUUUCAUACCGACUCUCUCUCGAGUUGCUUAUCGAUCCUUCGCCGAACAUUCUCUCUAUCUCACUCUCUCACGUUCUAUCUUUUGCACUUGCUUACUCUUUCACGUACCAUCUCUAUCUCUCUCUCUCUCUCUCACUUUGCCAUAAUGCCGCUUGAAGAGGACUUGCUUUUCCACUCUUCGUCGUGCUCGAUGCAUCAGAAUCACUUGGGAGCCAGGGGCUUCUCCUUUCUCUCCUCCUCGUCGACGUCCGGGCUGCGAUGAUGGAUCUUGCGCGCGAGAGCGAGAAUUGUCUGGCAAGAGAAAGAAGAAGUUAUGUAUGUAUAUUGCUAUACUACAUGAGAUAUAAUAUAAAAAAAAAAAUAAAUUUAGAGGGAGAAAAAAAAAGAGAAGAAAUUUGUAAAAAUAACAAAAGAGCCUAUAUACAGCUUGCAUUUAAUACGAUCAUGUACAAGUCUAAAUAGUGUGAUACAUUUCUACGCUUAUUCUCCGGUUGUAGAAUUUAAGGACUCUUUCCCUCAAACUCACUUCGCCUCUUGUGCAUUUCGAGAUAAGAAUAAAAAUAUAAAAAUAAAAAAAAGACAGAAAAGAAAAAAAAUUUUUUUAGGGCGGAUUAUAUGAUAUUGUUCAGUAGUUUUUGAAGAUGCUAGAAACAUGUAGUUUAUCUAUUAAAAACAAUUUAUAAAUAAUAUAUAUAUAUAUAUAUAUAUUAAGAGUAAACAUCUCCGCCAGUUUUUUCAAUUAUAUAACUCAUUUUUUUUCUUUUCAAGUGGGAUAUGAGUGUGUGAUGCGUGUAGAAAUGAGUGUGAAAAAGUAUGCGUGCGAAGUAGAAUGAGGAAAAAUUUGUUCUUCCUUUUUUUUAGAUAGAAUUACUGACAAUAAGUGUCGGUAUGUGAGAACGAGAAAGAGUUUGUGACAAAUUCAAUUAAACUGAAAACUUGGGAUAUAUCCCUUGUAUUGUAAAUAGUUGUGCAUACAUUCGCAUAGAUAUAAAUAUUGUAUACAUAUAAAAAAUCUAUAUAUUAUAUAUAUAUAUAAACAUAUAUAUAAAAAAGAACAAAUCAUUCACUGACUGUAAAAUUGCCAUCGAAAUAUAUUUAUAUUUCAUGUUAA